AUGUCUAGUGGAAACGAUCAUUGUACCUCUAAAUAUUUGUUGAAUGGUCUGAAUGAGCCUAAGCCUCUUCCAGGGUGUAACUCGUCAGCAGCUAAGAAAACAGGAUCUGGCUGGUUUGUUUCGGCGUUUCUGGUAGUCAACGCUACACUGGGGGCUGGGAUUUUAAACUUCCCCAUGGCCUAUCAUCAAGCUGGUGGGGUUUUGGCCGCUGUGAUCGUACAAACAGUUUUGAUGGUAUUUGUGGUGAUAGCGAUAUACAUAGUAUGCUAUUGUGCUGAUACCAAGGGAAGCAAUACCUACCAAGACGUGGUUCUCUCCAUCUGUGGCCCUAAAGCCCAGCUGGCUUGUGCAAUCAGUAUAGCCAUCACCGAAUUCUGCACGUGCAUAACGUUUCUAAUUGUGAUUAGUGACCAGUGGGAGAUAAUUUUCCUCAAUCUUUCAUACGAUCUCUACUGUAACUCCAAUCCAUUCUACAUGACAAGAGCUUUCAUUAUAACAGUCACAUCGAUAGUUUUUAUACUGCCAUUUUGUUUUUCUAAAAGAAUCGAUUAUUUAAAUUAUGCGAGCAUCAUCGGAGUUAUAGGUAUCUUUUAUGUAGUGGGACUUGUUGCUAUCAAAUAUUUUCUUCCUCAUGAAAAUCAGGGAGUUAUUACCACUCGACCACAUUCAUGGAUUGAUGUUUUUCUUGUUGUCCCUCAAAUCUGUUUUUCUUAUGAGUGUCAUGUCUGUAUCGUUCCCAUCUACUCCUGUAUGGCCAAACGUAACAUGAGAGAGUUCUCUAAAACAGUAACACUUGCCAUGAUAUUGUCUGCACUAAUCUACACAUUCACUGCAACUCUGGGAUAUCUACAGUUUGGUGACAAUGUCACUAAUGACAUUUUGCUGUCAUUUAAUCCUACGGCUGAGGUGAUGGUGGCUGUUGUUCUACUUGCUGUCAAAGCCUACACUACCUACCCUAUUUUUUGUUUCCUUGGGAAGUCCGCAUUCGACACGGUGUGGGGAAUGUUCUGGAAAAUGAGCCCAGAAGAGAUUUUACACAGAGAAAAGACGAGACGUGUCAUAAUUACAUUGGUGUGGUUCACCUUGACCCUGCUGUUCUCUAUCUACAUCCCCAAUAUAGGAGUUGCCGUAGAGAUCCUCGGCGCAUAUAUGGCGGUCUUUAUUUUCGUAUUUCCAGGUUUAUGUUUGUUGAAGACUAUGCAGAAUAGAAUUGAAACAGGAGAGAAACAGCCCAAGACAGUUCACGUAUUGAAGGGAAUAGCCAUCGCCUUUCUCAUUGUUGGUGUGUUUAUCUUUGGACUGACGUUGUCGCAAUCCAUAAUGAAAGACAUUCGUGGUGUCAAGCCUGACUCGUCCAUAUUCACGUGUCACUAG